UCGACCGUUGGACCCACAUUUCUGUAUAUGUGUUUCCGCGCGGACGCGUGCACACACUCGCAUCGCACACACACACUGGCACGCGUGUGCCGUUGCGAGAACGCGUGCUCCCGUGCAAGCACACGCAAGCACACGUUCCAACACACACGCGCGAACUGUGUCCGAGUGUUACUUCCCGGCCGUGGAGGAUCGCGUGUGACUGACGUGUGACAUCCCAAGGGGAGGAAGCUUGUGAACAGCGAUUGCAGAGCACAGCUGCUAGUGAUCGAGUGUCCAAUUCGAGCUUCAUCUUUGACCCAACCGAUCAACAGAAUCGUAUCGGAUCGCAACUGAUAUAUAACCCUUUUGGAAGACCGAACUUGACAGACACGUUGGAUCGUAGCAGGUCGCAGCAGACAAUCCACCCCUUGGUACAUAUAUACAUUGGAUGAAACGACGGAAGCUAAGAUUGUAGCAGAUCUCACCUGACAAACGACACUUUCGGACAGACACCUGGUCCAAUUAGAUCCAUCAACGUCCCGGUGCAGAUCGGUGCAUCGAUCCAAUCGUUCGAGAGAUUCGAGACUGGACACUGGACGAGUUGGAAAUCGGUGGAUAUCCAGGUCGACACGCAGAGGUGGAGCCUGUUACUCGUUAGCGCGGACGUCGUUUUCGUCGGUGAACAGAAAUGGCGUCGGCUGCGGCAGAGUUGGUGGCCGAGAGGGAACCGGAACCGAUAAUGGAAAUGACGGACACGAAUCGAACGUUCGUGGGUGCCCAAGGACUGGUCAGAAUGGCGCUGGACCAAUACACGGAAAUUCUCACCACGAUUUCGGACCCUCGAGUCAGCGACUGGCCUUUGAUGGACUCACCGAUACCGACCUUCCUGAUCGUACUCCUCUACCUAUACGGUGUGACGAUAUUCGGUCCAAGGGUGAUGGUGAACAGGAAACCGUUCAAACUCAGGGGAGCUUUGGUAGCGUACAACGCGUUUCAAGUAGUCUUCUCGUUAGGGAUGCUCUACGAGCACCUGAUGUCCGGCUGGCUGUUGGACUACAGUUACAAGUGUCAACCGGUGGACUACUCCCACAACCCGUCUGCCCUUCGAAUGGCGAACCUAUGUUGGUGGUACUUCAUCAGCAAAUUCACGGAGUUCGCUGACACGAUAUUCUUCAUUCUGCGCAAGAAGGAUAGCCAAGUGACGUUCUUGCAUCUGUACCAUCACUCUUUGACACCUCUGGAAACAUGGAUUUGCGUGAAAUUCAUCGCUGGAGGACACGGUACUUUGGGAAACCUUAUAAACAACGCGGUGCACGUGAUAAUGUAUUUGUAUUAUAUGGUGUCCGCAAUGGGACCGGAGUACCAAAAAUAUUUAUGGUGGAAGAAGCACCUCACUUCCGUCCAGUUGGUACAAUUCUUCCUAGUGUUCGUGCACAGCACUCAGGCUCUGGUCUUCGACUGCGGCUACCCAAAGCUAGUGGCAGCGCUGCUCCUACUUCAUUCAACGAUCUUCUUUAUCCUCUUCUCAGACUUCUACCGACGAGCGUAUAACAAGGGCAGGACGAAGAAGGAGCUGAAAAACGAAUAAACGUUAUCGCGCAUUAUUCCAAAUUUGCCUGCGAUACGCUCCAACGCGUUGACCUCUCGGCCACGCAUGCACGAUCGAUAAUCACGAAUCGAUCACACAGGAAAUCGUCUUCGAAUCUUUCUGACGCCAUCAUUUCAAAUUUGAACUUCUUAAACUUUACGUUUUAUCUUAGUUUAAAAAUGAUGAAAGAGUAUGCUAGUAAUGUUAGUAAAUUAACAAUCACGUGCUAUCGAUCACGAUAGAGGCAAUUUGAUUAGACGACGAUUCGUGAUCGAUCGUCUGGAGGAUCGAGAACGAUUGUUCGAUUGGGGUGGAGCUUACAGAUU